AUGCGGUUAAAAUGGACACAGUGUUUUCAAUCAGCGGAUGUGAUAACUUGUAUCGAUCAAGAAUCAGAGAUGUGGAUUUGGAAAGGAAAGCAGAAGAAGGAGGAGGAGGAAGAGGGGGGGUACGAAUGUGAGAAAUGUGGGAGAAAGUUCAACACGAAACAUGGUGUAAAGAUUCACAAGAGCAUCCAUGAUUUUCCUCCUAAUCACUUCAAAUGUGAUUAUCCUAACUGUGGUCGAUCUUUUGAUUCUAAAUCGCUCUUAUCUGCUCACAAGAAGAACCAUCGUCGUGCUCCUCAUGACUUUGAUCUCAACAAACCACCCAAGUACCAGUGA